AUGAGCCUCUGUCAGAGUUUUGCGGACCAUGACGAUUCUCAAAUUAGCCAUGAGAAAUUUUUAACCCCAGCUGGUCUCCCGGUUGAUAUCCUAUGCGCCAUCGGCUGCUUGCUAAACCCCACAGAUUUGCUCAGACUCAGGCUGGUGAACCACUACUUUAAUCAGGUCUUUACACUAGACCAUAUCUGGCGCCGGAUCUGUGUGGAACGGUGGUCGGUUCCCAGCGAUUUAACCACUCACAUCCCCCCCAGUGGCUACUUCAAGUUCUUCGGGGAUAGAAACCGAACGGACGUGCAAAUACGGAAGACCAUUUCAGAGAUCACGGAGACAGACUUUCCGUACAAGCAAAAGCUUGCGUUGGAGUUCCAAAUUUUACAUAUGGGACACUUGUCUUCGUCCGUGCUUACGUCGAUUAGCUGUCAGUCUGUUCUUGAAGGGUUACACCAUCGGUGGAUCGCGCUGCAACUAUUGGAGGCCUUGCGCUUUUCUCUGGCAUUUACGAUGAUCCAGGACGUUCUUCAGGACCGUUGCACCUUGUCGUUUGAAGAAGUAUGGCUCAAGCUCAGUGGAUUUGAUAAAACGGUUAACCGCUUGCGCCACGCCAGAGACGAUGCUUUAGUUGCGACCCUUCGGCGGUAUGACACUCUUAGAGAGCGAGAGCCGCCCCGGUCCCCUACGGGUGAAGCCUUAUUGAUGAUAAAGGCCUUCUUCCACUCAGUUAAAUUGACCAGGUUUGCUAGAGACCAAGGAAACAGCAAGUACAUUGAAGACUACUUUCUUUUUCGGGUAUACUCGGGAGAGGUGCGGGGCCACCACCUAGUGGUCUCUUCGAUCAUCGAAAAGCUCUGUAGGCUGAGAGCCAUUGACUGCUACGUCACCCAGGCCAUGUUUGUGGUGGUUGAUCCAGUGUUCCCCAGGCAGCGGGCCUUCAUUCAGCUCAUCAGAGGCAACGUGCGGAUCUUGGUUCACAGCCAAAUUCUUGCUUCGCUCAGACGACUGGUGGUGAACGUCACGGAAAAUAUGAUCAACAACGACAUCUUGAGGCCGGUGACCCAUCGGGAUCUAGUGGAGGCCUUGUUGGUGAAGACUCAUCGUAACUGGGCCUAUGAACACGUUGGCGAGGAAGGCUCGCGGGAGAGGGCCUUCCCUUACUCCUUGGUUCCAGUUGGAUAUCUGCAUAUUGACUUCAUCCAAACCGUAUAUCGGAUGGUAUCGGCUCCGGCUGGUGCCCUGAGGGACGCCCUCCUCUGGAUGCACAUUGCGACAAGGGUGAGACUGGAGCACCACAACUUGAUUCUUGGUCUCGAUGCCCUUGUUCCUAGCUGUAAUUUCAUGAAGGACGCUAACUCAUUCACCAUGAUGUCAAAGUUUUCCAGAUACAACCUAGAGGCCUUUGACCGGCUGACCUACACGCAGGAUAUAGCUUGGGAGGACGAAACCCCGGAAAACAGAGUCUGCGAACAUCCAAUCUAUAGAAUUGGGGUGUUGGUUAGGCACAACUCGACCCUUCUGGCCUAUGUCAUUGUUGGAUGGAAAAUCCACGAGGCAACUGUCGUUGAGAGAUCUCCUACGCCACAGGCGGAUGAGGUAUCCUCAUCCGUGUUUACACAGGUCUUGCGGCGGCAAGUGUUCUACAACUGUUUAAACGAGAGAGGGGAUGUUGACGUCAUCAAACAAGAUUCUUUAGUGGCUAUUCGUGACGGCCUUCAGGAUGAAGUAUGUGCCAUAGCCAGGGCGUUGAAUAUCGGAUGUUUCUUUGAGCGGUUUUCGGAGAAAGAACAGCGAUUCAUUGCGAACAGGGAUUUGAAGUGUUUGUAUCCAAAUGAUUAG